GUAGCUUCAUGUGGGUGGAGGAAGACUUCCCUCCCUCUAACAUGAAGCCUGAAUAAACAUCAGUCAGUCACACACCAUCCUAACACUAACCCAGGUGAGCCCGUCUGUCUGUCUGCAGGUAUAAAGAGCUGCUGCAGCAGGCAGUACAAAGCAUCGCUGUGUCUGUUAGGACACGUUACACACCCCUGGAUCAGUGCAGAGGAACUGCUCAGUCUGUGCUGAGCCUUGCGGACAGAAUAACGCACAGUAACCUGAAGCAAAACCACCAUCUCAUCUCAUCUCCAGCGACAUGAGGGAGUGCAUCUCCAUCCACGUGGGUCAGGCAGGUGUCCAGACAGGAAACGCCUGCUGGGAGCUCUUCUGCCUCGAACAUGGCGUCGGUCCUGAUGGCGUCUCCUUGGAGAGUCCUGCAGAACCAAACUCUCGUGAAGACCCAUUCAACACCUUCUUCAACACUGGCAGCUCUGGGCAUCAUGUUCCCAGAGCGAUCUAUGUGGACCUGGAGCCCACAGUGGUCGAUGAGGUAAGAGUUGGAAAGUACAGAGAGCUUUUCCACCCUGAGCAGCUGAUCUCUGGAAAGGAGGAUGCAGCCAACAACUAUGCACGAGGCCAUUACACUGUCGGGAAAGAAAUCAUUGAUGGAGUCAUGGAGCGCGUCCGUAAAAUGACGGACCAGUGCACCGGCCUGCAGGGGUUCCUAGUCUUUCACAGUUUAGGAGGUGGAACCGGCUCCGGCUUCACCUCUUUGCUGAUGGAGCGUCUUUCUGUCGACUAUGGCAAGAAAUCCAAGCUGGAGUUCGCUGUGUACCCAGCCCCUCAGGUGUCCACCGCUGUGGUGGAGCCCUACAAAGCCAUCCUCACCACCCACACCACCUUAGAGCACUCCGACUGCGCCUUCAUGGUGGACAACGAAGCCAUCUACGACAUAUGUCGGCGCAACAUGAACAUCGACAGUCCCGGUUACACCAACCUCAACAGAAUGAUCGGUCAGAUUGUGUCCUCAAUCACAGCCUCCCUUCGUUUCGACGGCUCCCUCAAUGUGGACCUGAUGGAGUUCCAGACCAACCUGGUCCCGUUUCCACGUAUCCACUUCCCUCUGGUUACCUACUCGCCCAUCAUCUCUGCUGAGAAGGCGUAUCAUGAGCAGCUGACUGUGUCCGAGAUCACGAGCGCCUGCUUUGAGCCGACCAAUCAGAUGGUCAAGUGUGACCCUCGUCAUGGCAAGUACAUGGCGUGCUGCAUGCUGUACCGAGGCGAUGUCGUCCCUAAGGAUGUAAACACUGCCAUCGCAAACAUAAAGACCAGACGUUCUAUUCAGUUCGUCGACUGGUGCCCAACUGGAUUUAAGGUGGGCAUCAACUACCAACCUCCGACUGCGGUCCCCGGUGGAGACCUGGCCAAAGUCCAGAGGGCUGUUUGCAUGCUGAGCAACACCACGGCCAUCGCUGAGGCCUGGUCACGUCUCGAUCACAAGUUCGACCUCAUGUACGCCAAGCGUGCGUUCGUCCACUGGUAUGUAGGUGAAGGUAUGGAGGAGGGAGAGUUCGCAGAGGCCAGAGAGGACCUGGCCUGUCUCGAAAGGGAUUACGAGGAUUUGGGUCAAACAUACCCAGAUUCUGAAAAUGAUGAUGAAGACCAAGAAUACUGAGUGAGGCUGUGAUGGCUGCACGGCAUUUUAUCCUGAGUCAGUAACGAUGUCUGUACUGUCUGUCUUCUAAAGCUAGCCAAGGUGAUGAUCUUUGUCACUGCCAUGCUUUUAUAACGUCAGAAGAAGACAGACUAACACUAAAGCUGUAUUUGAAUUGUGUUGUGAAAUAAAGUUUGUCUUUGCA